CAAUUACAAUUUUGAAAUGUCAUUUUAUGCAAUUUGCGGAAAUCCCGACUGUCCUCAUUUCGCACAUGCCUGUUACGUAGCUAAUAACCUUUUUGAACAUUUGCCUAAUUUCAAGUACAAAAAAGUUGAAAAGUCGAAACGAGACUGGCCGGAUUUUGUUGCAGACUUGAACACGAAACAUAGCUGGUAUAUGGUGAAAGGCCCAAUCAUUUGGAAGGAAAUCAGUAUGUGGGGUGGCAAACCCUACUUAAUAGGUGGGUUGGGAGAGUUUUGGGAGUAUUGCUAUUGUUAUUAUGGAUUGGAAUCUUGCAUUCCAAAAGAAGACUUAGCCAAAUUGGCUCAAGACAAUCUAGCGUUUUUUAAAGAGCAAGCAUUUAAAAAAUCCCAGGAGCACAGGAAAUAUAAUAUGGUGAUAAGCAUAUUCCUAAACUCGAGCGAAUUGGGCGAACUGGCUUAUUUAUUGGAAGAAUUUCUCAAAAUUCCAUGUUUGCUUAAUGGCGACGGGUUUUAUGUUAAACUCUUUGAACAAGACAUUGAAAGWACCGAACUACAAAARGACAAGAAGUGUUUGGAAGAUUAUGAAGAGUACUACAAUUCUUUAGCAAUAUUURGAGAUAGACCACUUUUGGAGAUUGUGAAAAGCGAAUAUGAUGCUAUCGCUAAUUGCGAUUUCCUAAUUUUCAUGGAGGAUUUUUCAAGAAACCAAACAGAAACAAGGGAUAUGUGGACGAAACGUUGUUCAACCAGAAUAAACGCGAUGGCUGGCAUAAUAAAUAUUAAUGCAAAACGGGCCCUGCGCGUGAUUUUCUGUAACGAAGGACCAAUAUGUUUUAUGGCCACAUGCAUGAUGGAAUAUUGCACUGUACUGAUACCAUCCAACAUUGUCGCCUUAACUGCAGAUCGAGGGUUAUCUGUGAUUAGUGCCGUAUCUGAAAAGACAGGAGUGCCCGUUCCAAAAAUUGGCUCUCCUCCAGUUUGGGGCUUUGUUGGUUGUAAUGAAUAUGUUGAUGAAUCCAGUAUUAUAUUUAAAGCUCAUAUACUGAAACCGUACAAGAGGACUGGGAUUGAAGAAGUUGGUUUAUUGGUUUGUGCUGAAGAUAACAGAGCUUACAGAGGUAUUGUUUGGGGUGCAGCGCAGGACCGUAUUAAUCAAAUAGACAUUAAGAGCCAUGGAACUGAGAAAUAUGAUUUGGAAAUGGAAGAAAGGUAG